GUCUGGAGGGGGGGUUGGCUGGUGCCAUUGCAACCUCGUUCUAAGCAGAGCAAGCAUAGGGUCACCCAGCAAGAUUUUUUUUAACAUUAUUAAUAUUUGUUUUGUUUGGAGGAAAAAUGAAUAUUUGUUUAUCUUAAACUCGUAAGCCCCGUUAAUAUUAUAGUCAGUCCACUUGGUGCCGAUAAUCAGUUUACUGCGCCGGGGCCUGAUUUGGUUACAAUAUCUUGUUUGUUUAUUUAUUUAUGUAUUAUUUAUUUAUUAUUUAUUUUUUAUUUAAUUAUUUAAUUAAUUUAUUUAUUUUCUGGGGAGUGGGAGGGAUGGCGGCGAUGUUGCAGUGUCGCGAGCUCGAGCACUCGAAAAUGGCGCUGUGAGCGCGCGCGAGAUGUCCGUCGCCAUUUUGUAUUAAAAAUCAAACCGAACCGAAGAGAGCUUUUUUUUUUUUUUUUUUAAAUCGACUUAAGAGUGGAAACGGACCAUCUGAAUUUAAUACAGGAGUCGCAAGAUGCUGUACUUGCUGUUGGAUUGAGAAUUUACAUACACCAAGAAUCAAUAAGAAGGAAACUUGCCCAUAACACCAGAUAUAACGUCUUUGUAAAAGAAAUUAACCUAUCUCUGAGGUGACUAAAGGGGAAUAAUGGUGAUUUUGCGCCGGGCUCGGCCGCCUGCUUCCGCCCCGACCAGCAAUGAAUCUUGAUUCGCUCUCGCUGGCCUUGUCUCAAAUCAGUUACCUGGUGGACAAUUUAACUAAGAAAAACUACAGAGCCAGCCAGCAGGAAAUACAGCAUAUUGUGAAUCGACACGGCCCCGAGGCAGACAGGCAUUUAUUACGCUGUCUAUUCUCGCAUGUGGAUUUUAGUGGCGAUGGUAAAAGCAGCGGCAAAGAUUUUCAUCAGACACAGUUUUUGAUCCAGGAGUGUGUGUCGCUUAUAAUCAAGCCAAAUUUUAUCUCAACACUGUCCUACGCUAUUGACAAUCCAUUACACUAUCAGAAGAGUUUAAAACCUUCACCCCAUUUGUUUACUCAGCUGAGUAAAGUUCUUAAGUUAAGCAAGGUUCAAGAGGUUGUUUUUGGCCUUGCCUUGUUGAAUUCUUCCAGCUCGGAUCUGAAAGGGUUUGCUGCCCAGUUUGUGAAACAGAAGCUCCCCGAUCUUCUGCGUUCUUACGUAGACGCGGACGUUGGGGGUAACCAAGAAGGUGGCUUCCAGGAUAUUGCAAUAGAGGUCCUGCACCUGCUCCUCUCCCAUCUCCUCUUUGGGCAGAAGGGAGCCUCUGGGGUCGGACAGGAGCAGAUUGAAGCUUUCCUCAAGACUCUGUGCAGAGAUUUUCCGCAGGAGCGCUGUCCUGUGGUGCUUGCACCACUGCUUUACCCUGAAAAACGGGACUUUCUGAUGGACAGGAUCCUGCCAGACUCUGGAGGGUUAGCUAAGACCAUGAUGGAGAGUUCUCUCGCAGACUUUAUGCAAGAAGUUGGCUACGGCUUCUGUGCAAGUCUUGAAGAAUGCCGCAAUAUAAUCAUGCAGUAUGGAGUUCGGGAGGUCACCGCAUCCCAGGUGGCCAGAGUCCUGGGCAUGAUGGCCCGCACUCACUCCGGCUUAUCUGAUGGCAUUCCCCUUCAGUCCAUCUCUGCUCCUGGCAGUGGGAUCUGGAGUGAUGGGAAGGAUAAGACUGAUGGAUCUCAGGCUCACACCUGGAAUGUGGAAGUUUUAAUUGAUGUUGUUAAAGAACUGAAUCCCAAUUUGAACUUCAAGGAAGUGACUUACGAACUUGAUCAUCAUGGGUUCAUCAUUCGGGACAGCAAGGCACUGCAGAUAGUGGUGUAUGGUAUCCAAAGGGGACUGGGAAUGGAAGUGUUCCCUGUAGAUCUCAUUUACAGGCCUUGGAAACAUGCAGAGGGCCAGCUGUCUUUUGUUCAACAUUCCCUGAUGAACCCAGAUAUCUUCUGUUUUGCGGAUUACCCCUGUCACACAGUUGCUACUGAUAUGUUAAAAGCACCACCGGAGGAUGAUAACCGGGAAAUAGCAACAUGGAAGAGUCUGGACCUAAUUGAAAGCCUGUUACGUCUGUCAGAGGUGGGGCAGUACGAGCAGGUGAAACAGCUCUUCAACUUCCCCAUCAAGCACUGUCCUGACAUGUUGGUUCUGGCCUUACUACAGAUCAGUACCUCCUGGCACACUCUGCGCCAUGAACUUAUUUCUACCCUCAUGCCAAUCUUCUUGGGAAACCAUCCCAACUCUGCCAUUAUUUUGCACUACGCUUGGCACGGACAGGGUCAGUCUCCCUCUAUCCGUCAGCUGAUCAUGCAUUCUAUGGCAGAGUGGUAUAUGCGGGGAGAACAGUAUGAUCAGGCAAAGCUCUCGCGCAUUCUGGAUGUGGCUCAGGACCUGAAGUCUCUAUCCAUGCUGCUAAAUGGUACUCCGUUUGCCUUUGUUAUUGACCUUGCUGCACUUGCAUCUCGCCGAGAAUACCUCAAACUUGACAAAUGGCUGACAGAUAAAAUACGGGAGCAUGGGGAACCCUUCAUCCAGGCCAGUGUGACAUUCUUAAAGCGACGGUGCCCUUCCAUCAUGGGAGGCCUGGCCCCAGAAAAGGAACAGCCCAAAAGUGCACAGCUCCCACCUGAAACACUGGCUACCAUGCUGGCAUGUAUGCAGUCCUGUGCAGGGAGUGUUUCCCAGGAUCUGUCAGAAACAAUUCUGACCAUGGUAGCAAACUGUAGUAAUGUCAUGAACAAAGCCAGACAACCACCCCCAGGAGUCAUGCCAAAGGGACGUGCUCCUAGCACCAGCAGCUUAGAUGCCAUCUCCCCUGUACAGGUAUCGGUCUCCGUCUCCCCUCUUCAGAUUGACCCCUUGUCUGGGAUGGCGUCUUUGAAUAUAAGUGGCUCUGCUGCGUCCCACACACAGAGCAUGCAGGGAUUUCCUACAAACCUGAGUUCUGCAUUCAGCAACCCCCAGUCACCAGCCAAGGCCUUCCCGGCUCUCACCAAUCCCAGCCAGACAACACCAUUCAGUGGCAUUGGAGGCCUGUCGUCUCAACUUCCAGGUUCUUUAGGAUCGAGUAGCUUGACAAGCAUGGGAAGUGGACUUGGGAUGCCAACAGUGAACAGUGAUCCAUUUGGACAGAGGAAGAUGAGCACAUCUGGAUUGAACCCACCCACCUUCCAGCAGAGUAAGAUAAUGCCUUCUGACCUCUCUCAGGUGUGGCCUGAGGCAAACCAGCACUUUAGCAAAGAGAUUGAUGAUGAAGCCAACAGCUACUUUCAGCGCAUUUACAACCAUCCACCACACCCCACCAUGUCGGUGGAUGAGGUUCUGGAGAUGCUGCAGAGGUUCAAGGACUCCAACAUUAAGCGGGAGCGUGAAGUGUUUAAUUGCAUGCUGAGGAACCUGUUUGAGGAGUAUCGUUUCUUCCCUCAGUAUCCUGACAAGGAACUGCACAUCACUGCCUGCCUCUUUGGUGGAAUCAUUGAGAAGGGACUGGUCACCUACAUGGCACUGGGGCUGGCCCUGCGCUAUGUCCUUGAAGCCUUAAGGAAACCAUUUGGAUCCAAAAUGUAUUACUUUGGUAUCGCUGCCCUAGAUAGAUUUAAAAAUAGAUUGAAGGAUUAUCCCCAGUAUUGUCAGCACUUGGCAUCUAUUACUCACUUUCUACAGUUCCCUCAUCAUUUACAGGAGUGUGUGCAGUAUAUCGAGUAUGGGCAACAGUCCCGAGACCCUCCAGUGAAGAUGCAGGGCUCGAUCACUACGCCUGGCAGUCUUGCUCUUGCACAGGCUCAGGCUCAGGCGCAAGUGCCCCCCAAGGCUCCUCUCCCUGGCCAGGUUAGCACCAUAGUAACAACAUCUACCACAACCACUGUUGCUAAAACCACUACCAUCACCCGCCCCACUGGAGUCAGCUUCAAGAAGGAUGUGCCUCCUUCCAUAAACACAACCAACAUUGACACACUGCUUGUGGCCACGGACCAAACGGAGAGAAUAGUGGAGCCACCAGAAAAUGUUCAAGAGAAGAUUGCCUUCAUCUUUAACAAUCUCUCUCAGUCCAACAUGACACAAAAGGUUGAAGAGCUGAAGGAGACUGUGAAAGAGGAGUUUAUGCCUUGGGUUUCGCAAUAUCUCGUGAUGAAGAGAGUCAGCAUUGAGCCCAACUUUCACAGCCUUUACUCCAACUUCCUGGAUACACUGAAAAACCAAGAUUUUGUCAAAAUGGUUCUAAGUGAAACCUAUAGAAAUAUCAAGGUCCUACUGACUUCCGAUAAGGCUGCAGCUAACUUCUCUGAUAGAUCCCUCCUGAAGAACCUGGGCCACUGGCUGGGCAUCAUCACAUUAUCAAAAAACAAGCCCAUCUUGUAUACAGAUUUGGAAAUAAAGUCUUUGCUGCUGGAAGCUUACGUAAAGGGACAGCAAGAGCUUCUCUAUGUGGUCCCAUUUAUUGCCAAAGUGUUGGAAUCGAGCGUGAGGAGUAUGAUUUUCAGGCCUCAGAACCCAUGGACUAUGGCAAUUAUGAAUGUACUGGCAGAACUUCAUCAGGAGCAUGACUUGAAGCUGAACCUGAAGUUUGAGAUUGAAGUACUGUGCAAGAAUCUGUCCCUGGAUAUCAAUGACCUUAAGCCUGGGAACCUGCUGAAAGACAAAGACAAGUUGAAGGCCCUAGAUGAGCAGCUAUCUGCACCAAAGAAGGAAGCUAAACCACCUGAGGAAAUGCUACCCAUUGUCCCACCUGGAGAAUUUCUCCCCUUUGCAGCUGCUCCGUCUACACCUGCCACAACUACAACAUGCACAGCUACAGGUCCACCAACUCCUCAGUUUAGUUAUCAUGAUAUUAAUGUCUAUGCUCUGGCAGGGCUUGCUCCUCACAUAAAUUUCAACCAAAAUAUACCCUUGUUCCAGGCCCACCUGCAACUGAAGCAGUAUGUGCGUCAAGCUAUAGAGAGGGCAGUCCAGGAGCUUGUUCACCCUGUUGUGGAUCGCUCCAUCAAAAUUGCCAUGACUACCUGCGAGCAGAUUGUCAGGAAGGACUUUGCUCUGGACUCUGAGGAGUCACGCAUGCGUGUUGCCGCACAUCAUAUGAUGCGUAACCUGACAGCAGGGAUGGCUAUGAUCACCUGUAGGGAACCUCUGCUCAUGAGCAUCGCUACCAAUCUAAAGAACAGCUUUGCUGCAGCCCUCAGGGCUCCGACCCAACAGCAGAGAGAAAUGAUGGAACAGGCAGCUGCACAGAUAGCCCAAGACAACUGUGAGCUUGCUUGCUGCUUUAUACAGAAAACAGCAGUGGAAAAAGCUGGCCCAGAAAUGGAUAAGAGGUUGGCAACUGAAUUUGAGCUGAGGAAACAUGCCAGACAAGAGGGCCGUCGAUACUGCGAUCCUGUGGUACUGACCUAUCAAGCAGAGCGCAUGCCAGAACAAAUUAGACUUAAGGUCGGUGGUGUGGACCCUAAGCAGCUGGCUGUUUAUGAGGAGUUUGCACGCAACGUUCCUGGUUUCCUUCCCAGCAAUGAUCUCUCACAGCCCACAGGUUUCCUGGCUCAACCCAUGAAGCAACAGGCCUGGGCAACAGAUGACGUGGCUCAAAUCUAUGACAAGUGCAUCGCUGAUCUGGAGCAGCACUUGCACGCAAUCCCUCCUGCGUUGGCUAUGAACCCCCAGACACAGGCCCUGCGUAGUCUGCUAGAAGCUGUGGUGCUGGCAAGGAAUUCACGCGAAACCAUUGCAGCAUUGGGCUUACUACAGAAGGCUGUGGAAGGAUUACUUGAUGCCACAAGUGGUGCUGAUGCAGAUCUCCUGCUCCGAUACCGCGAGUGUCAUCUGUUGGUUCUGAAGGCCCUGCAGGAUGGCCGUGCCUAUGGCUCUCAGUGGUGCAAUAAGCAGAUCACCAGGUGCUUGAUUGAAUGUCGUGACGAAUACAAAUACAAUGUUGAAGCUGUGGAGCUGCUGAUCAGAAACCAUCUGGUUAAUAUGCAGCAGUACGACCUACACCUAGCCCAGUCAAUGGAAAAUGGCCUGCAUUACAUGGCUGUGGCAUUCGCUAUGCAGUUAGUGAAGUUACUACUGGUGGACGAGAGGAGUGUGAGCCACAUCACUGAAGCUGACCUGUUCCACACCAUCGAAACACUCAUGAGAACCAGCGCCCACUCCAGAGCAAACGCUCCUGAGGGCUUGGAUGAUGGUUACUCCGUUCUAGCUGAGACCCCCUCAAAUAGUAAACUUGCAUCUGUUGCAGAAGAUCACAGGCUGCCCCAGCUAAUGGAAGUGGUCCGGUCAAACUAUGAAGCAAUGAUUGACCGUGCCCAUGGAGGGCCUAAUUUCAUGAUGCACUCUGGGAUCUCGCAGGCAUCAGAAUAUGAUGACCCUCCUGGGCUGAGGGAGAAGGCAGAGUACCUACUGAGAGAGUGGGUGAACCUCUACCACUCUGCAGCUGCCGGUCGAGACAGCACCAAGGCUUUCUCUGCCUUUGUGGGACAGAUGCACCAGCAGGGAAUCCUGAAGACUGACGAUCUGAUAACCCGUUUCUUCCGACUGUGUACGGAGAUGUGUGUGGAGAUCAGUUACCGCGCCCAGGCAGAACAGCAGCACAACCCUGCUGCCAGUGCCGCCAUCAUCCGUGCCAAGUGCUACCAUAACCUGGAUGCCUUUGUUAGACUCAUCGCACUUCUAGUCAAACACUCUGGAGAGGCGACUAACACAGUGACGAAGAUCAACCUCCUCAACAAGGUUCUGGGUAUUGUGGUCGGAGUCCUUAUUCAGGACCAUGACGUCCGGCAGACUGAGUUUCAACAACUGCCCUAUCACAGAAUUUUCAUUAUGCUGCUGUUGGAGUUGAAUGCACCAGAGCAUGUGCUGGAAACCAUUAACUUCCAGACAUUGACUGCUUUCUGCAACACUUUCCAUAUCCUGCGGCCCACCAAAGCUCCUGGGUUUGUGUAUGCCUGGCUGGAACUGAUCUCUCACCGCAUAUUUAUUGCUAGGAUGCUGGCACAUACACCCCAACAGAAGGGCUGGCCCAUGUAUGCUCAACUGCUGAUUGACCUGUUCAAGUACCUGGGUCCCUUCUUAAGGAAUGUUGAGCUCAACAAACCUAUGCAAAUUCUCUACAAGGGCACUCUGCGUGUUUUGCUGGUCCUCCUCCAUGACUUCCCAGAGUUCCUGUGUGAUUACCAUUAUGGCUUCUGUGAUGUUAUCCCACCCAACUGUAUCCAACUGCGGAACCUGAUUCUCAGUGCCUUCCCACGCAACAUGAGGCUUCCGGAUCCAUUUACUCCUAACCUGAAGGUGGACAUGUUGAGUGAAAUCAAUAUUGCUCCCCGUAUUCUCACUAAUUUCACUGGAGUGAUGCCACCUCAGUUUAAGAAGGAUUUGGACUCCUACCUGAAGACUCGUUCUCCUGUCACUUUCUUGUCCGAGCUCCGCAGCAACCUGCAGGUAGGGGGCGCCAUUUUGGGUCCCUGGAAACAUUUGCAGCACAGCGACACAUCAUUAGACCAGGUUUCUAAUGAGGCAGGGAAUCGUUACAACAUCCAGCUUAUCAAUGCACUGGUGCUCUAUGUUGGAACCCAAGCGAUUGCUCACAUCCACAACAAGGGUAGUACACCAUCCAUGAGCACCAUCACACACUCUGCUCAUAUGGACAUCUUCCAGAACCUGGCUGUGGACCUCGAUACUGAAGGCCGGUACCUGUUUCUGAAUGCCAUUGCCAAUCAGCUGCGUUACCCAAACAGUCACACUCACUACUUCAGUUGCACAAUGCUCUAUCUGUUUGCUGAGGCCAACACUGAGGCUAUACAGGAGCAGAUAACCAGGGUUCUACUGGAGAGGUUGAUUGUGAACAGGCCUCACCCAUGGGGUUUACUUAUCACUUUCAUCGAGUUGAUUAAAAACCCAGCCUUUAAGUUCUGGAACCAUGACUUUGUCCACUGUGCACCAGAGAUUGAAAAGUUGUUCCAGUCGGUGGCCCAGUGCUGCAUGGGGCAGAAGCAGGCACAGCAAGUGAUGGAAGGCACUAGUGCUAGUUAGACAAUCAGUCACUGCAGCCAGAAAGUAUAUGACUGGGGGGGGGGGGGAGAAACCUCCCUCAGUUUCCUCUCGACCUGACACGUUGGCUCUUCCAAACUGCCACAGCAGUCUGCAUGGGGACAGACCUAGGACAUAUUUUAAGGAAGUUACCUUCUUGUGACUAUUUUUCAUUUUGAUUUGUGACUUUUGGCCAAAAACUUUCAAGAAAAAAAAACUAAAAAAAAAAAAAAAAAAACUAAAAAAAAAGUAGUAUUUAGGAGAUGCUGUGAAUAUAAUUUUGAACUUUAAUGUAAAUAAAAAGGGAGUGCAGUCUUUCAAAGCUGGACUAAAACUGCAGAUGAUGUUUAAAAUAAAUUGAAGUCUGGUACCAGGAUCCACUUCAGAAAAGGGCAGCUGCUGAUGCUAAAUUCUGUCUGGGAUACAAAUCCAUCCCCCCCCCCUUUUUUUUUGUUUUUUUGUACUGUCCCCAAUUUUGAACUUUUUUUUUCCCCCCAUUUUUUUCAUAAUGGCAUAUCUAUUGUAUUUCUGUAACACUGAAGGAUUAAAAAAAUUAACUUUAAUUUGUAUUCAGAAAGGCUUUAUAGGAAUGGGAAGGUAUAAGCAGUCCACUUUAAAGAUGUGUUGUUUUUUUUGUAUAUAUAAUAAACAUUUGGGAGAAAUUUACAUUUAUUAAAUAGAAAGGGGACAGGGAAAAGCAGCCAAUUUUAUUCCUAAAACAAGGGGUUAUUCCAGACUUGGUAUGAGGUGAAGGGGGAGGGUUGUGUAAUUUAAACAUGGGAUUAGAGGUUCUCCCUGAUGCUUGUAAAAUUGUGGAAUACAGAAAUGCCAGCUUCUUGGUAAAGAAUCUGUUAAGUUUGUAUAAAGAUAAAAAAUCUAAAAAAAAACAAAGGACCAAUACAGCCCAUUUUGUAAGGAUUUUGAAUGUUUUGUAAAUGUAUUGGUCCCUGUGUUGUAUUUUGUAGUACUUUAUAGUUUUGCCUUUAGUUCUGCCAAUUAUUUCUUGUAUGUAUGCAUACUGUAGUUACACAUUAAAAGUCAUGAGAUGCAGCA